AUGGUUAGAAUUUCAAAGUUACCAACAGAAAUUCUUCACCAAAUACCGUCUCUUCUCUCCACAAAAACUGCUGCUCGAACCAGCGUAUUGUCGAAACUAUGGCUUAAAGCGUGCUCUACGAACCCCUAUCUCUGUUUUGAUCAAUCUGAUUUUGGUGAGGAUGAUUUACAUAGUGAGUUUUUACACUUCCAUUGUCAAUUAUUGAGGGUCGUAGACAAUACUUUGGAAAGAUAUCGCCGUGAAAAUCUACCUAUUUCGGCUUUUAAACUUUGCAUCUCUUUUUCUAAUCAUACUGAUUGUGACGGUCUAGUCGAUAAAUGGCUAGAUAUUGUAGCAGAGAAACGGGUUUCACGGGUUGCACUUUUGGUGAGAAGCAGAUCAAGAAACCUUUCAGAAAGAUAUACUUUGUUAGCUGAUACCAUAUUCGCGAUCAAAUCCCUGCAGCAGUUGGAGUUAGAUCACUGCAAAAUACUGAAACAAAAAGCACUACUUUCUAAAGAUAAAAUUAAGUGCAGUAACCUAAAAAAUCUAACCUUGCGCUAUGUUACUGUUACCGAAUCAUAUCGUAGGCUGCCAAUUGAGGAAGUUCAUAUUUCUGAUACGCCGAAUUUGUUAUCUUUUGAAUAUGUGAACAAAGGUAAUUUGGAGCCUUCAUCUGUUAAAAUAUGUCUGCGUACGUUAAAUAUUGGCACUUGUCAGAAUCUCAGAGGGGUAGAAUUUGUGAACACUGAAAUUGAUGAUACGGUUCUCUUUGAGCUUAUACAAAAACUCCACUUCAUCAAGGAAUUGAUCUUACACUGCUGUAAGUGCUUGAAAAAAAUAAAAAUCUCUAGCUCAACCCUCGAGGUUUGUAGCUUAGCUAUGUGCGAUUUAUUAGUGCGAGCCAUUUUUGACGUGCCCAAGUUACUCUCCUUAGUCGUCUCCGAACAAUAUGGACUACCUUCUUUAUCUUUUGUGAGUGCUUCAAGCCAAUGCCGGAUUUCCAUAAAUUAUGGCGCUCUAUGGUAUAUUAAGCAGUGCAUUCACUUACAGAGAUCUCUAGUUGAGUUGCAUCAUCAGGUUGUAGACCUGACAUUGUCUAGUAUGUAUGUUGACGAAGGCAUGAGAUCAAUAAGUCGAAUUGAUCAUCUUCCGAUAUCUGAAGUUGAGAGAUUGAUACUAUAUCCUGACAUCUUCGGACAAACAUAUUCAUCUUAUUUUGAUGUCAUCUUCUCAAUUUGUUGGCCCAAGAGUCUAACAGUACAUUGUGACCAAAAAUUUAGAGAGUUUCUACAACAACAAUUGUUGAAGAAGAGACAACGGAGAUUUACCAAGUGUACUUGGAAAGAAUAUCUCAUAAAUGCUCAUGUAGAGUACAAGAAGGAGAUAGAAGAUGAUUGGGUGACUCUAGAUAGGAACAUGUUGAGAUCUAACCCUCGUUUUAUUGAAGAGAUCCAUACAAUUCGCUUCAAGCAAACUCAAAGAAAAGAGAAAAAUAAUGAAUCAUCUAUUUCAAGGUAA